UUGCUGGUGUGUGUAAACCCUUGCUGUUAUGAGUAAAAUUAAAUCCCUGGGCUCUGGGCCGUACUGGGUCUUCUAUGACAAAAGUAUUGGAACAGAAUUGGAACUUGCUUGACGGGCAUCAUCACUGUAAUAUCUAAUAGCCUAAACGCUUCAAACUGGAAACUCAAAAGCGGAAGAUUUUAGCGAAGAAGAUUUGAAGGAUUAUGGCCUUUGCAUCGCUGGCCGCAACGGCGGCAAGGCCAUCCUCGAUUGCUUUACUAGGAAGACGAAGACCCAGAUCGAUUUUCACUCCUUUGGCAUUUUGCUCUUCUUCUUCUUCUUCACCAUUGAAAACGAGAAAGUUGGUUCUCUACUCGAAGCCUGGAUGCUGUUUGUGUGAUGGCCUCAAAGAGAAGCUUCAGGCAGCCUUAUUGCUUUCAGGUCCUUAUUCUCUUCACGACGUCGAUUUGCAGGUAAGGGAUAUUACAAGCAAUCCUAAAUGGGAGAGGGCUUACCAGUAUGAGAUACCUGUGUUGGCUAAAGUACUCUCUGAUGGCACCGAGAAAAUGGGGCCCACAAUGUCAAUAGGUGACCUCCUUUACACCAUGGCCGAAUGGCAUAAAGACACUUGGCAUAAAGGAAGCUCUUCCAAAUUCAAAUGGUCCAAUUAUGGCACUCUAUGUGGCGUGAGCUAUGGGGACUUCAAGGUGGUUGCCACAUGUGCUCCAUGGCUGCGUGAGGAAUGUCCACUGUGGCUGGUGACAUGGCUGGUGACUUGGCAGUGGUGGCUGGUGAUGUGGCAGUGGUGGCUCCAACCUAGCACGUGGUAAUUCACUUGGAUUCUUGGAGCAAACAAGCUAGGCCUUCCUUAUGCAACUCCUCUCCUAAGCCGAAAGCCCUUUUAUGGUCCAUGAGCAUGUUUUGAAGUUGUUUGGCUCUUGUCUUAGUGAUUGCCCCUUUGAAGGGUGGUGGUGCUCCAUGAUGAUCCUCAUCAUCCCCUCCCACUUGAGAAUAAUUCGUCCUCGAAUUUGUUUCUGCACCAAGGAAAGGAGUAAGAUCAGUUACAUUAAAAGUAUUAUCAACACCAUAAUCAUUAGGCGAUUCUAUCUUAUAAGUAUUAUCGUUAAUUCUUUCAAGCACUUGAAAAGGGCCAUCACUUUUAGGAUGUAACUUAGAUUUCCUUUAGUAAGGAAACCUUUCCUUUCUCAAAUGGAUCCAUACUAAGUCAACUGGUUCAAAAAUCAUUGGCUUUCGCCCCUUGUUAGCAUGAGAUGCAUAUUGCUCAUUUUUGUUUUUUAGAUGCAACCUAGCUUGUUCAUGCAUCCUUUUAACCAUUUCAGACUUUUUCUCACCAUCCAAUGAAGCAACAUGAUUAAUAGGCAAUGGUAACAAAUCUAAGGGAGUAAGUUGAUUAAAACCAUAAAAAAGCUCAAAGGGAGAAUAUCCACUAGAUGAAUACAUAAUCCUAUUAUAUGCAAAUUCUAUGUAUGGUAUGCAUUCCUCCUAAUAUUUUAAAUUUUGUUUCACUAAGGCUUUCAAAAGUGUGACUAAGGUUCUCAAAAGUGUGACUAAGGUUCUCAAAAGUGUGACUAAGGUCGUAUUCACUACUUUUGUUUGGCCAUUAAUUUGGGAAUGGCAAGUAGUAGAGAAAAGUAACUUAGUUUCCAAUUUUUCCCAUAAGACCUUCUAAAAAUGACUCAAGAACUUGACAUCCCUAUUACUCACAAUAGUUCUAGGUAUACCAUGUAACCUAACAACCUUCCUAAAGAAUAGAUUAGCAACAUGUGUAGUAUCAUCAGUUUUGUGAUGUGGGAUAAAAUGACCCAUUUUUGAAAACCUAUCCACGACAACAAAGAUAGAAUCAUGACCCCUUUGUGACCUAGGCAAACCCAAGACGAAGUCCAUAGACAAAUCAACCCAGGGAUGCUAAGGCACGGGUAAAGGUGUGUAUAGCCCAUGAAACAUCACCUUAGACUUUGCUCUCUGACAAGUCUCACAUCUUGCACAUAGUCUCUCAACAUCUUUUCUUAUGUGGGGCCAAAAGAAAUGCUCCUUAAGGAUAUUUAGUGUCUUGGUAGCACCAAAAUGCCCCAUAAGGCCAUCACUAUGACUUUCAUUUAUAAGAAAUUUCCUCAAAGAACUUCUAGGCACACACAAUCUAUCUUUUUUAAACAAAUAUCCAUCAUGCUUAAAGAACUUUUGGAAUGCAGAUUUCUCACAUGCAUGGAAUAUAGUAGCAAAGUCAUCAUUAUGCUCAUAUAAUUCUUUAACAUACUCAAAUCCUAACAAUUUAGAAUCAAGAGUAGUAAGAAGAUUAUACCUGUGGAAGAGUGCACUAGCCACCACAUUCUCUUUGCCCUGCUUAUAUUUCACAACAUAAGGAAAAAACUCUAUAAAUUCUACCCAUUUAGCAUGUCUCCUACUCAACUUAUGUUGGCUUUUGAUAUACUUCAAAGACUCAUGAUCAGAAUGUGUGACAAAUUCUUUAGGCCGUAGAUAAUGUUGCCAUGUCUCUAAUGCCCUAAUUAAUGCAUACAACUCUUUGUCAUAUAUAGAAUAAUUCAAUGCGGUACCAUGCAACUUUUCACUAAAGUAAGCAAUUGGGCGUUUCUCUUGCAUGAGAACAACUCCAAUCCCUACACUUGCUGCAUCACAUUUAAUCUUAAAUAUCUUGUCAAAAUUAGGCAAAAUCAAUAAAGGUGUAGAACACAAUUUCUCUUUAAGUAUAGCAAAUGCAUGUUCAUGUUCUUUACCCCAAAUAAAUGUCACAUUCUCUUUAACAAGUUCAUUUAAUGGAGCAGCCAAAGAACUAAAGUUAGGCACAAAUCUUCGAUAAAACUUGCUAAUCCAUGAAAACUCCUAACUUUAGAUGCAUUUUUAGGUGUUGGCCAAUUUCUAAUUGCCUUAACUUUUCAUCAUCUACUUCAACACCUUUGCUACUAACAACAAAGCCCAAAAACACAAUUCUUUCUAAGCAAAAAGGACACAUUUUCACAUUUGCAUACAAUUUUUUUUUUCUCAACACAUCAAACACAAGUUUCAAAUGAUACAAAUGCUCAUCAAUGUUUUUACUAUAGACAAGAAUAUUAUCAAAGUAAACAACAACAAACUUUUCAAUAAAAGCUCUCAAAACAUGGUUCAUAAGCCUCAUGAAAGUACUAGGGGCAUUAGUAAGACCAAAAGGUAUCACUAGCCACUUAUAUAAUCAUGUUUUGUUUUGAAGGUGGUUUUCCAUUUAUCACCAACUCUCAUUCUAAUUUGAUGGUAAUUUCUCUUCAAAUCAAUCUUACUAAAAAUGCAAGAACCAUGUAACUCAUUCAACAAAUCAUCUCACGAACAUGUCCCUUAGCCAAAAGCACAUCUACUUGUCUUUAAAGCUCCUUAGUUUCAGUUGGAUUACUCCUAUAGGCUGGUCUAUUAGGAAUUUGAGCACCAGGAAUGAAAUCUAUCUGGUGUUCACUACCCCUAAUAGGUGGUAAACCCGAAGGUACCUCAUCUGGAAACACAUCCUAGUAAUCUUGCAAAAGAGACACAAUAGAAGAAGGAAGAUUGGGGUUAAGAUCAGAAAUAUUUAAAUAGUUCUCCUUAUACAUGAGAAUGCACAAUGGCAUCUCACUAUUCAAAGCUCCUCUCAACUCUCUUUCCUCAACAUACAAGCUCAUCUUUUUCUCUCCUCUCCUUUUGCCCUGAGCCCUCUCCUUUGUCCAUCACACUCACUUUCUUUUCUUUCACUUCUUUCUUUCUCUCUUUCUCAUCACUCUUUUCUUUACUCUCUUCACUUUUGUGGCCGGCCUCUCUUAAUUUUUUCUAUCCAACUCUCUUUUCUCUCUUCAACAGCUCUUAAUAUUCUCAUUUGGUCCUCAUGUGCUUGUGAUGGUGACAAAGGCACUAAGGUAUGUGUGCGGCCAUCUUUCUUCAAAGUGUAGUAAUUCUUCCUCCCAUCAUGAAUCAUGUACCUAUCAUAUUGUCAUGGCCUGCCUAGCAAGAUAUGUGUAGCUAUCAUGGGUACUACAUCACAUAAGACCUCAUUAUGGUAACUCCCUAUAGUGAAAGGUACCACUACUUGCUUAGUUACCUUCACUUUGUUGCAAUCAUUUAGCCAUUACAACCUAUAAGGUUUAGAAUGCUUAAGGGUAGGCAAUCCUAAUUUCUCCACAAGUAAGGACCUAACUACAUUGCAACAACUAUCCCCAUCUAUAAUCAUGCUACACGAUUUCUCCUUCACCACACACUUAGUAUGAAAUAUGUUUUUCCUUUGUAACUCAUCACUAUCCACAAUAGGUUGAGCACUCAAGGUCCUCAUGGUAACUAAUGCAAAGUCAUACCCAUCGGAUGGCUCCUCAAUAUGCACAUUCUCUUCAUUUUCAUUUCCCUCAACUAGCAUCAAAGGCUCGGCCUCCUUUUCUUCCUCACUCUCUACCUCCCUAUCUUCCCUAAUCACCAUGACUCUCUUGUUAGAACAUUUGGAAGCAUAAUGCCCAUAUUCCAAACACUUAUAACAUUUCACAUCUAUAGUCCUAGUAGUAGGAGUAGCCCCUUUCUCCUUAUCUUUACUUUCUAUCUUAUCUUUCCCCUUCCACUAUUCUUUCCUAAACUUAGGAAAUUCUUUUUCACCCUUAGGAGUCUUAUCUACAUUUGGUUUCCAAAGGGCCUCUGGAGCCGAAUGGACACCACUGCCAUACUUCAAAGCUCUCUUCAUCUUCAAUUGUUUUUCUACUUUAAUGGUUAUGUGCACCAAUUCAGUCAAACUAAUGUCAGAGUGUAACUCAACAACAUGUGCAAUCUCCAUGUUAAGACUAGCUAGGAAACGUGCCAUAGUAGCCUCUGGAGGCUCAUCUAAUUGUGCCCUAGCUAAGACUAUCUGCAUUGCCUUAUAGUACUCCUCUACACUCUUCCCACCUUGUGUCAUCCUUUGCAACCUUUGAUGGAGUUCCCUAAAGUAGUGUUGUGGAACAAAUCUCUCUCUUAUUGCUUCUCCCAUAGCCUCCCAAGAAGCAAUGGGUCUAAGACCUAAAUUCCUUCUCCUAACUAUCAACUGGUCCCACCAUACUAUAGCAUACUCCUUAAACUCUAUGGCUUCAAGCUUCACCUUCUUUUCCCCACUAUAGUUAUGACACUAAAAAAUUAGCUCAACUUGCCUUUUCCACUCCAUGUAGGCAUCCAUAUUCUCCUUCCCAUGAAAGGGAGAAAUUUUCAUCUUAAUGCUACCCACAUUAGUGUCUAUCCUCUCUUCUUGGUCUCCAUAUCCAUAAUCACCAUAUCUAUACUCCCCAAAUCUUGGCAUCCUACCUCCUCUUAUACCUCUAGUUUCCCUUACCCUAGGUGGUCUAUAACCCCUACCACCAUAGUUAUAGUUUCCAUAUUCAAAUUCAUCUUAUAUCUCUUCCUCAAACUCCUCGUCAUCAUACACUUUACCCCCAAGGUUCUCUACUGUUGGUCCUCCUACAUUUCUCUCUUCUUGCCUUCUAUCCCUAGCAUCAUUUCUAUCCCUUGCUCUCUCUUCCCUAUCCCUUCUCAUCUCCUCCAAAAUCCUAUUUAUAUCAUCCCUCAAUGUAUUCAUACCUAAGGUCAACCUCUCAAAUUAUGCAGCCAUAGCAUCCCUAUACCUAGCUUCAUCAAAUGGGACUCUCUCCCCGCUACUACUAGUUUCAUUUGACAUGAUUUUGAGCUACAAGAAAACAAGUUAGUAAGAAAUGGCUAACCCUCUCAAGGUCUUUCACACAAAUAGAUGGCUUUUACCCUCUAAUGCACUCACACCCUGAAGCCUUUUACCACUCACUUCUUCUUGUUUGGUUCCCUUGGAACUAAGAUACCAAUGGCAAUUCAAACACUUACAAAUUUUAAACAAAAUGAUCAAGAACGACAAGGAAGAUAUGAAAGUAGCAAUAAAUAAAAAUGUGACUCUAGAAGCAAGAAAAUGAAAACACCAAAGUAGAGGCAAAUGAAAUGCAAAUGGAAUGAAAUUUUAAAACUGAGAUUAUGACAACAUAAGAAGAUAAUAUCAAGCAACAAAACCAAUUUUUCACAGCCAAAAUACCAACAAUUGCGCUAGAAGCACCCAUAUAGCACAAAUUGAGGCCAGCUUUGGUUCACCAUGCAAAUGAAGGAAUUUUAAGUUGAAAUUUUCCAGAUAUUAUCCCUAAUAUGAAAGUAGAAUUCUGAUAAAAUUUGAUCAAGUUCUGAGUUGGUUUGAUGGGUGAACUAAAAAUAGUUUGGUUUUCUACCCAAAAAUUGGUUCAAUAGGCAAACAGCGGUAUUUUCGCUCCAAAUUUGGUAUGAAGCACACUAAUUAUACCCAAAUGAUGCUGGUAAAAUUUCAAAACCAAAUUCAAACUCGAACCCCACGUUUCAAUAAUUUCCUCCAAAUUCAACAAUUAUACCAAUUUGCAAAUUCAAGUAUAUCACAAUUCUCAGCAAAUGGAGAGCAAGCUAAUCAUCAAAUUUCAAUUCCCAUAAGCUAUCAAACAUGCUAAUACUCAAUUUUAGAUCAUCAAACUUCAACUACUCUUAAAUCACAACUUAGUGCAAUAGUCUCAAUAUGCUUGAUAUUAUGCAAGAAUCAAAGAAAUUAGCUGGCACAAGAUAGUAUAAGCUGGAAUAUUGAUUAAACCCUAAGACAAAAUUGAAAUCAAAGACAAAUUUAAAUAAAUUUCUCUAAAACCAUAGGUGAAGAUUUCAGGCAGCAAGUAUUUAAAGACAGAAAUGAAAAUCAAAUACUCUAAGGAUGCUAAGAUAGGUUUCGCUCGCAAGAACAAGCACGGUAGAUGAAGAAAAAACAAAAGCCUAGAAAUGUCUUCUUUGGCCGCAUGCCUUAGAAGCUUAAACCAAACAGAAAAAUCAACUUAAGGAAGAUAAAAAUGAAGGAUGCUUACUUGAUUUGAUGCCCUAAAGCUCUGAUACCAAUAUGAUGGGCACUCAUGCAGACACACCCAUGAAUGCAAACCUCUAAUGGCAGCCAAGGAUCACAACAUCAAUCAAGCAUUUCUUUGAACAAAAUGAGAUGCAAUCUCUAUGGAAAAAAGAAGCACCAUAAUAUAUAUUCAAAGAAAAGAUCAAGUGUCAACACAAUAACCCAACCUGUGAGAGAUUACAUUGAUCAUCAAGUAAAAUAGGCAAGUGAUCAAGUUGCCUAAGUUCUAGUUCUCUUAGAAACUAGCAAGAACAAGCUCAAAUACUCUCUCUAAUGGAAGCUCUCAUGUU